UUCCCUGGUGACGGGUUGUCCGGUGGUCGCCUGGUAACCGGUCGUGGCUGUACUGGCGGCUGCAGGGCUGGCGGCUUAGGCCGCAGAGGUCUGUGGGCCUGAGCCCACGCUGCACUCUCUCCGUCCUGCGAUGACUGCUGACCUGGCCGUCGUCACGACGUCGGGUUUGGAAGAUGGGGUGCCUAGGUCCCGUGGCGAAGGGACCGGGGAAGUGGUCGUGGAGCGGGGGCCCGGCGCGGCCUACCACAUGUUCGUGGUGAUGGAGGACUUGGUGGAGAAGCUGAAGCUGCUCCGCUACGAGGAGGAGUUCCCCCGGAAGAGCAACCUGAAGGCCCCGUCCAGACACUAUUUUGCACUGCCUACCAACCCUGGUGAACAGUUCUACAUGUUUUGUACUCUUGCUGCUUGGUUGAUUAAUAAAGCAGGACGUCCCUUUGAGCAGCCUCAAGAAUAUGAUGACCCUAAUGCCACGAUAUCUAACAUACUAUCCGAGCUUCGGUCGUUUGGGAGAACUGCAGAUUUUCCUCCUUCAAAAUUAAAGUCAGGUUAUGGAGAACAUGUAUGCUAUGUUCUUGAUUGCUUAGCUGAAGAAGCAUUGAAAUAUAUUGGUUUCACCUGGAAAAGGCCAAUAUACCCAGUAGAAGAAUUAGAAGAAACUGUUGCAGAAGAUGAUGCAGAAUUAACAUUAAAUAAAGUGGAUGAAGAAUUUGUGGAAGAAGAGACAGAUAAUGAAGAAAACUUUAUUGAUCUCAAUGUUUUAAAGGCCCAGACAUAUCACUUGGAUAUGAACGAGACUGCCAAACAAGAAGAUAUUUUGGAAUCCACAACAGAUGCUGCGGAAUGGAGCCUAGAAGUGGAACGUGUACUACCGCAACUGAAAGUCACGAUUAGGACUGACAAUAAGGAUUGGAGAAUCCAUGUUGACCAAAUGCACCAGCACAAAAGUGGAAUUGAAUCUGCUCUAAAGGAGACCAAGGGAUUUUUGGACAAACUCCAUAAUGAAAUUACUAGGACUUUGGAAAAGAUCGGCAGCCGAGAAAAGUACAUCAACAAUCAGCUUGAGAAUUUGGUUCAAGAAUAUCGUGCAGCUCAAGCCCAGCUGAGUGAGGCAAAGGAGCGAUACCAGCAGGGAAACGGAGGAGUAACGGAAAGAACCAGACUCCUCUCUGAGGUUAUGGAAGAAUUAGAAAAGGUAAAACAAGAAAUGGAAGAAAAGGGCAGCAGCAUGACCGAUGGUGCUCCUUUGGUGAAGAUUAAACAGAGCUUAACAAAACUGAAGCAAGAAACUGUAGAGAUGGACAUUAGAAUUGGCAUUGUGGAACACACACUACUCCAAUCAAAGCUGAAGGAGAAGUCCAACAUGACUAGGAACAUGCAUGCCACAGUUAUUCCAGAACCAGCAACAGGCUUUUAUUAAAACGUACUGGUUUUCAUGUUUCUGAUUGGUUGGGUUUUUUAUAUCAGACUAUAUUUCAUGUUGCAUAGAUUUCAAAACAUAAUUUUAUGUUCAAUAGGUUUUUUUUUACAUGUACAUACUCACAUAUUAUAUCAUGGUGAUUAUGAUGGUUAAAGCCUUUACACUGAAUGUAAUGUUUAAUAAAGUAAUUACAAAUUCUCACUUUCUAA